UAGAGUGGAAAUGGAAAGUCACGUUUUGUGGCUGAAAAAGACGGAUUGAGAAAUUACAAGCUCCAUUUUCCCAAAGGCGGAUUUGGACUAUUUUAGAGAGAGAGAGAGAGAGAGAGAGAGGGAGACUAAACAAGAAAUGAGAAAACAAAAUCAACCCAGAAAUUAAACCCAUUUGACGGGCCUAAAGAAUUUAGCAGCACAAUAAAACACUAGUACCACCACUCCGUAUAAACAUCAUCACCGGUUAAUCCGGGCAUCAACCCCGCCGGCCUCUUCUUCGAACUCUGCUCCUAAGUUCAAACCUCCCCCAUCCCCAUCCACGUUGAUGGGCCAGUCCUCUUCCAUCCCCGGGUCAACCCACCGCCCAAGUCCCACCAACCCCACCCACCACCACCACCACCGCACCACCACGCCCCGAUCCGAGACUUACUACUACUCAAUGACGGACCCCGACGGCUACCAGUGCGGUAACAUCGGAACCGUAGACGACUACAUCUCCGAGCUACCCGACGAGUGCCUCGCCUCCAUCUUCCACUUCCUCAGCUCCGGCGACCGCAAGAACGCCUCCCUCGUCUCCAAGCACUGGCUCAAAAUCGAGGGCCAGAGCCGCCACCGCCUGUCCCUCAACGCCCAGUCCAACCUCCUCGUGCAGAUCCCCUCCCUCUUCUCCCGCUUCGACGCUGUCACCAAGCUCGCCCUCCGCUGCGACCGCCGAUCCGUCAGCCUCGACGACGACGCCCUUACCCUCAUCUCCCUCCGCUGCAAGAACCUCACGCGCCUCAAGCUCCGCGCGUGCCGCGAACUCACCGACUCCGGCAUGGCCGCCUUCGCCAGGAACUGCAAGAACCUCAAAAAAUUCUCCUGCGGAUCGUGCGCGUUCGGAGUGAAGGGCAUGAACGCCGUCCUCGACCACUGCGCCUCCCUCGAGGAGCUCUCCGUCAAGCGCCUCCGCGGCGUCAACGACGCCGUCGAGGCCCCCGUCGGCCCGGGCCUCGCCGCGUCCUCGCUCAGGACCAUAUGCCUCAAGGAGCUCUACAACGGGCCGAGCUUCGGCCCCUUGAUCGUGGGAGCGAAGAACUUGAAGACCUUGAAGCUGCUGCGUUGCUUGGGCGACUGGGACAAAGUUUUGGAAGAUAUUGGACGUCGAAAGAACUGCUUGGUUGAAGUCCACUUGGAGAGGCUCCAGGUUACUGAUGCCGGGCUCAUGGCGGUCUCGGGCUUUCCUGACCUCGAGAUCUUGCACCUGGUCAAGACUCCGGAGUGCACGAAUUCAGGGAUCGUGUGUGUCGCUGAGCACUGUAAGCUCUUGAGGAAGCUUCAUAUUGACGGGUGGAGGACGAAUCGAAUUGGAAACGAAGGGCUCAUUUCAAUCGGUAAGCAUUGUGGUAACCUUCAGGAGCUGGUUCUUAUUGGUGUGAAUUUGAAUGCUGGUAGUUUGGAAGCGGUUGCUACGAAUUGCCAGAGGUUGGAGAGGCUGGCGUUGUGCGGCAGCGAGACGAUUGGGGACGCGGAGAUAUCGUGUGUGGCUUCGAAGUGCGUGGCGCUGAAGAAGCUGUGUAUUAAGGGGUGUCCCGUUACAGAUCAGGGGAUUGAGGCUUUCGCUUGGGGGUGUCCGAAUUUGGUGAAGAUUAAGGUUAAGAAGUGCAGGGGGGUGACGAGCGAUCUCGCGGAUUGGUUGAGGGUGAGGAGGGGAUCGUUGAUGGUGAAUCUGGAUGUGUGUGAGGUUGAAGCUGAUGGGUUGGAUGCAAGUGCUAGUGAUGGUGCACAAGAAGAUGGUGUAGAGUUUCCACCAAUGGUGAUGAGCCAAGUAAGCGGCGCUAUUGGUGGUGCUUCCGCGGCUGUGGAUAUUCCUUCGAGCAGUAAUUGGCGGCCAUCGAUUUUCAGGUCGAGGUUGGGGCUUUUCGGAGGUAGGAGUCUGGUAGCUUGCACUUUCAGGAGGUGGUCAAACGGUGGUUCCGGCUCAAAUGAUAGUUCUUGAAUGUUCUGAACAAGAAGUUUGAACAAGGUUUCUUCUUCUGUUGGCUGAUCAUUGGGUACUUCUAUUUGGUGGUUUCUUACUUUCUUUGGUCAACUUUAAUUUAUCAAGUUUUUCGUUUAUGGCAUUCACUUUAGAGUGCAGAAAUUGCUAUGAGAAAUUCGUUUCUGUUCCUUGUCGAUUACUUGUGCUAAUGCAUUUGCUUUCAGUUCCCACUGCUAGUAUUUUGUAUGUUCUUUUGGUGUUGAUUUUGUUUGGCUUUGUAGAACUCAGGGUGUCAGUCCACCUGAUGAUGUUGGCUUUUCAUUGUAACUUUCUUUUGGAUUCUGCCCGACUUUAUGUAAUCAUGUUGUAUUUUGAACCUGCAGAACUUUUUUCUCUAGGUCAAUGAAAUUUGUAAUACUUAUCACUGCCA